GUGACCCGUCAUCAGCCUCGGCGCACUGUGACUUGUCUGCGUGGCUUGUGCCGCGCUUCUUGCCCAGAGCUGCUGCCUCACCCAUCAACAGACGAAGCACCUCGCAUAGCAAGCCCGCGAUUUUCUCUAGUACACGGGUUUCUUCUGCUUACCUUGGCUUUACCGUGUCGAAGAUUCGUUCGUUUCCGACGGUUUAGCUGAAACCUCUCUCAACCGCCAACAUGAAUAUUCUGGAAUGGGCUUUCGGCAAGCGCAUGACGCCAGCGGAGCGUCUACGCAAGAACCAGCGGCUCCUUGACAAGGCCAUCAGAGAGCUGGACCAGCAGAGGGUCAAAUUGGAGAAGCAGGAGAAGACACUCAUAUCCCAAAUUCGCCAGAGUGCACAGAAGGGCCAAAUGGGUGCUUGCAAGAUCCAGGCGAAGGAUCUCGUCCGCACGCGAAGGUUUAUUGAGAAAUUCUAUGGAAUGAGGAGUCAACUACAAAAGAUAUCGCUCCGUCUUCAGACAUACCGGACAAAUGAGCAAAUGAUGCAGGCGAUGAAGGGUGCAACGACGGCGCUGGGGAGCAUGAACCGCACAAUGAACCUCCCUUCGCUCCAACGAAUCGCGAUGGAAUUUGAACGUGAGAACGAUAUUAUGGAGCAACGACAGGAGAUGAUGGACGACGCAAUUGAUGACGCCAUGGACGUUGGCGUCGAUGAGGAGGGAGACGAGGUAGUGGAGCAGGUAUUGGAGGAAAUCGGUGUCGACCUAAGCCAAGCUCUUGGUGAGACACCAUCAGGGUUGCAGUCAAGUGCUGUAGCAGAGCCUAGAGUGGCACAGGCUGUGGGUAGCGGCGGGGGCGACCCAGGCGACGAUGAUCUCCAGGCACGGCUGGACAGCCUAAGAAAGUGAUAUGGAACUAUGGUUAGGUAAUGGGUGCCGCCAGUCACGACUCCAUCUAUGCGGGACCGCAGACCGAGACACUGGACUGGCGGGUGAGUCUUCGGCUGGGUACUGACGGCUCAUAAAGCAUGCUUCCGAAGCGCAGCAUGCCACACCAAGGCAUGUCUUGCAUCGAAUGGAACGUUGGGCUAGGAGUUGCCCUUUGUUGUCGUCAGAUGGAGAUGCGAGGAGUUUCGGCCUGUUUGGCGUUAAUGGCGUACGUGAAGUGUUAGGUUGAGG